AUGAAUUAUACGGAGUCCGGCCCACUGGCACAAUCAACUGUAGCAGGUUUUACAUCUGAGUUAGAAAGUCUCACACCCGUGCCUUCCAAUGAGACCACUUGUGAAAACUGGAGAGAGAUUCACCAUCUGGUUUUCCAUGUAGCGAAUGUUUGCUUUGCAGUUGGUUUACUAAUUCCCACCACUCUUCACCUCCAUAUGAUACUGCUCAGAGUGAUGCUAUCUAUAGGAUGUACCCUUUAUGUAGUCUGGGCCACUCUCUACCGCUGUGCCUUGGAUAUGAUGAUCUGGAACUCGGUGUUCUUGGGUAUCAAUAUUUUGCAUCUUUCAUAUCUUUUGUACAAGAAAAGACCGGUCAAGAUUGAAAAGGAGCUGGGUGGUGUCUACCACCGGUUGUUUGAACCACUCCGAGUCCCUCCGGAUUUGUUUCGGAGGCUAACUGGACAGUUUUGUAUGAUCCAGACCUUGAAAAGGGGCCAGGUUUAUGCCACAGAGGACAAAACCUCAGUUGAUGACCGCCUGAGUAUUCUCCUAAAGGGAAGAAUGAAGGUCUCCUAUCGAGGACAUUUUCUGCAUAAUAUUUACCCGUGUGCCUUUAUAGAUUCUCCCGAAUUCAGAUCAACACAGAUGCACAAAGGCGAAAAAUUCCAGGUCACCAUUGUUGCAGAUGAUAACUGCAGGUUUUUAUGCUGGUCAAGAGAAAGACUGACUUAUUUUCUGGAGUCAGAGCCUUUUCUGUAUGAAAUUUUUAGGUACCUUAUAGGAAAGGACAUUACAAAUAAGCUGUACUCACUGAAUGAUCCCACCUUAAAUGAUAAAAAAGUUAAGAAGCUGGAGCCACAGAUGAGUCUCUGCACGCAGAUCUCCAUGCUGGAGAUGAGGAACAGCAUCACGAGCUCCAGCGAUUGCGAGGACGGCCUCCAUCACUUUCUGCGGGGCUCCUCCAGCACGGCUUCUCUCCCCUUGUCCUCCCCGCAGCAGCGAGCCUCUGCCAAGAUGAAGCCAAUCGAGGAAGGCGUAGAGGAUGACGACGACGACGAGGUCUUCGUGCCGGUGUCUCCAGACGCGCUCAAAGUCCAUCAGUUGCCUUGAGUGGCAGCUGGCGACCUCGACCAGAAGCUGUCCUGAUGAGCAAGAGAAGUCCCACACUCUGCGGUGACCUUUGGGUGGUUUGCUUCACUCCCGCCAGGUGGGAAGUAAGGGAGGGUCACAGACAGGAGCUGUGUGCCGCCUGCCCUGCCAGCCGGCUCCUUGUGUUAGCCGAGCCUUCUGACUAGACCUUGCUCUAUUUCAAGAUACGUUAUUUUUGCAGUAGAUGUAGUAAUAUUAUUUUAGUUAAUCUUCGAGCUAUCAACACAAUGCGUUCUCACUUAUUUUUCUAAGCUGUGGCCCUUUUCUCACGUGUCCUUUUCCCUCUAUCGUGGGAAUUUAGAACGAGUUGUUCUUUUGGUCAUUUUAACAAUGUAAGUUGAAAUCGAGGCUGACAUGACAUCAAAAAGUUUACCUUUUUAUUAAACUGACUUCUUCAUGACACAUUUUAGACAAAGACUUGUCUGGCUGGUCUCGUUUCCCACCCCAGGACCAGAAGUGACUCCCUCACUAGGGCCACCCUUCUUGUUGGGUGCAGAUCACUCGUUAGUGACCACCUUUGUCUGAAUGUGCUGUGAGUGACCUCAUUCCCUGCCGCUUAUCAGUGACUCUGGAAGCUGGACCUGUGAUGAGGAGCGUAAGCAUUUCUGAGCAGUUCCAACUCUCAGCAGACCCAACUUUCAGUCUUGGAAUUUGGAGUCAUCUUAGCCACAGGCUCAGAUCCAGGGAAGGCCUCACUUUAGAAGUAAAGAAAGAUGGGCUGAACCAGUAUCACAGGCUGUGGGCACUAAGCCUUAGCUUUGCCCUUCAGUCUGUUUCUGGGAUCACAGAAGCAGAUGCACUGAGCCAGACACUGUGGCUCAUACCUGUAACGCCAGCACUUGGGUAGGAGCACUGAGAGUUUGAGGUCCACCUGGGGUCACUUAGUAACAACAGUUGGUCUCCAAACAACAGAAUAUUUAUUUAAGGGCCAGCCGGUUCCAGACUGAGGUCAAGAGCAAACCCAUGGGGCAGAGGCUUCCCCUGAGGCCAGAGGCAUCCAGUUGGAGUAUGGGCUGUGAGAACCUUGGUAUGGAUCUUUCUUUCCUGCUAGUCACAGUUUUAGAGAUGUACGACACACCAGGCUUUGCCCAAAUCAUUUGGUUCAGCUGACAGUGGCACACAGGCCACCCAGCUGAGGCCACUGAUUGGCUAGUCAUGUCAUUCACGUUUGCUUCAUCUGCUCAAACCAACUGGAACAUGCGAGCCCCCCACCUUUGUCCACAGCUAAGGAAAAUUCACUCAAUAGCUCUUAAUCUUGAAACAGUGAAAGCGGUGGUGACCUUAGCCUUGGUUUUAAGGUUGUAGCUGUCAACCAGGGAGGGGGACGCUUUGUCCAUUAACCCACAUAAGAUGUGAUAAGGUGGCUUUCAAUUUCCAUGAAACUACUUAGCUCACCCACACAUAAGGCUAAUUUACAGUCACUCUGCAAAUGACACCCCCUGAGAUGGCAGGAAUAUCGGAUUCCACUGGGACCAGUCUUCAUGUGUGGUACUUCAGCAGACUUUUCUACCCCAGAUAGUGGAAAAGGUUACCUCUGCUGAUCUGCCUGGAUCUAGUUGAGGUAUUUGUUGUGCUGGGAAUGGAGCUGUUUUGAAGGCACACAGUUAAAAGUGGGUAAUUUAGAGUCCUUUCCUCUCCUCUCAGAAACCUGUGUGUAUCAGUGUCACUGAUAACGAAGAUCAGAGUCUUGUGGUGAGGGAUCUUCAGAGAGCCACUUAGUCUGAGUAAGAAACUUGAAACUACUUUUAAAGACAUACCUCCAAGGAAGACAGACUUGGAGCACAGGAGCCCUGAGCCACUGAAUAGCCCUUCCUCACAGACCUGACUGGAAAGGAGCAGAAAAGAACAGAAAAAAGAGUUCCAAGUGUUAGGUCUGUGCACAACUUUACAUUCAUUUACACAGAUGAGCGAGCGUAUUUUUGGACAAAGCAUAAAUUAAUAGAUUAAAGGAUGUUUGUGCCAGUCUCCUAUAAGAUGCUUCCUCUGAUUUUAGCAUUCAGUGAGCUCUGAGAUAAUGUUCAGAAAAUGCCCUGCAGAAGUCAUUCUAUCUAUAUCCCUUAGCUUUGUUUAAAUGUCACAUCAAGUCAGUUAUAUGACUCUAGAGUAUAAUAUU